AUGUUGUCAUUAAAUGCAACAUGGAAUGCAAAUGGUACCACUAUUGCCAAUAGUACUUUGAUCGGAUCAUAUCUUUUUGAUAUUUUUAUCGACAAUCGUAAUUUAAUUUAUGUUCCUAAUCAAGAUGCAAAUCAAAUUAUUCUUUUGAUCGAAGGAAAUUUAAUAUCAAGAAAAAAUCUUUCUAUUAAUUUAACAAAUUCAUCAACUAUAUUUGUUAAGCCAUUCGAUGAGAUUUAUAUAGAUACAUAUUAUACAAUUGGUGGUAUUAAUCGAAUAACAUUGAAUUCAACAAUUUCAAUACCAAAAAUAAACUUAUGUCAUCAAUGUUCAGAUAUAUUUAUUAGUAGAAAUGAUCUUCUCUAUUGUUCAUAUAGUAAAGAUCAUCAAGUUUUAGCUAGUUCAUUGAUUAAUUAUUGGAAUCCAAUAUUAAGUGUUGCUGGGACAGGUAGUGCUGGAUCAACAUCAACGACACUUAGAAAUCCGCACGGAAUAUUCAUUGAUAAUAUUACUUUGGAUUUAUAUGUUGCAGAUUGUGGAAAUAAUCGAAUUCAGUUAUUUAAAUCAGAAAGAUCAACGGCUACAACUAUAGCUGGAAAGGGAUCAAUCAAUGUGACAAUUGAUCUCAAUUGUCCAAUUGCAAUUGUGUUAGACAAUAAUAACUAUUUAUUUAUUGUUGAUUAUGGUAAUCAUCGUAUUAUUGGUCAAGGAGCAAAUGGUUUUCGUUGUCUAGUUGGAUGUACGAAUUCAUCAGGCUCAGCAUCAAAUCAAUUAAAUAACCCUUCCAGUUUGGCUUUUGAUAGUUGUGGAAAUCUUUUUGUUGCUGAUCAAAAAAAUAAUCGAAUACAGAAAUUUAAUUUAUUAAUUCAAUCAGGUGUGACAACCACGAGGUCUUUCUGUAAUUCUACAUAUACAAAUAAAACAUGGAAUUCAACCGCUAAUCGCUUAGCUCAAUGGUCAUUUGAUGGAAAUUAUGGUGAUCAAAUGAAUAAUUAUAAUGCCACACCAGUAAAUAAUAUGUCAUUCAUUACAACGGGUUAUGUCAGACAAGCUCUUAGAUUUCUUGUUAAUACAAACCCAAUGCUUAAUGUUCCAUUUAUUCCACUCGUAUCAACAAGCUUUACUAUUGAUAUGUGGAUUUAUAUUACUGGAUUGUCGAACACUGUGGAGCAUGGUCUAUUUGGUCUUUGUGCAGCAGCUGCAUCUUAUCAAUGUUUGCAUUUGUCAAUUCGUAAAAAUGGCGCUAAUUAUUAUCUAUAUUUUGCCUUUUAUAACAGUGAUUGUAUAGGUGUGACACCAUUAAUGCUAAAUACGUGGAUGCAUGCUGCAUGUGUAUUUGAUUUGUCAACAUUAAAACAAACGACCUACGUCAAUGGGAUGUUAGACAAAACAUGUACUGCAUCAUCUUAUCCUACAGCUAGCACAACAACUGGUGUUACAAUUGGAUUUGUACCAUUGAUGGCAGCCGUUUAUGGUAGCAGCGUUAUGACUUAUUUUCAGGGCUAUAUGGAUCAAGUCACCGUUUCGAAUCGAACUAAGUCAUCAUGUGAAAUACUUGAAAUGGCAACAUUAGUUGCUCAUUUUACAUUUGAUGAUGGAGUGUUUCUUCAAGAUACUGGUCCUAAUUCACUUGAUACAGCAACAACACAAUCAACAUCAUCUGUUUCAUGUGGUCGAUAUGCUCAAGCCAUUCAUUUUACUGGUUCAAGUUCAUCUUAUUUUCAGGCAUAUGGUUUUACCUCACUUGGAACAGCAAAUAGACCAUUUUCAAUUUCUCUCUGGAUUCGACCAACAACUCUUCAAGGUGUUCUUGUUUAUGUUUCAGCUUUAGGAGGGGGAGGUAAUUGUACUUGGUGUAUGCCAUUUCUUGCUUUUACUUCUAAUGGCUCCAUUGUUGCCCAAAUGUGGAAGGGUAGUGCUGUAUCCAUUAUUGGUCCAAAAUCUGCUGCAUCAACAUUAGUUUGGUCACAUAUUGUUCAAACAUGGAGUUUAAAUAAUGGUCUUCGUCUUUAUAUCAAUAAUGUUCUUGUUGCAUCAGAUAAUAUUUCGGCAACAUCAUAUUCAGCAAGUGGAACUGUCAAUUUUCUAACGUUAGCUAAUAUUUUCCCUGGAGGUGUAUUGGCGAUAGGUCAAGCGACAUUAAUGCCAUACAAUGGUGAUAUGGAUGAUUUUCGUGUUUACAGUCGAGAAUUAUCAACAAACGACGUUGAUCAACUCUAUAACAAUUGA